AUGUCCCGUGCCCUUUCUUCCACCAAGGUGCUUGUUGGCACUGCCGUCAUUCCAGCCACCAUCAUAUUUUCCAUCGAGUCGGGCAAAAUCCUCCAUAUUGUGCACUCAGUCCUUCCCGAGUCCCACCCCACGCUUGUCCACUACAAUGUGCUUCCAGCUGACUACAGGAACGUGUCGCCUCUCGUGAUCAUGCCAGGGUUAGUGGACGCCCACGUCCACUUGAACGAGCCGGGACGUACCGAAUGGGAAGGGUUUGCGACCGGAACCCGAGCCGCGGCCUUUGGCGGAGUCACCACCGUGAUCGACAUGCCAUUGAAUGCCAUUCCCCCCACCACCACUGUGGCCAACUUCAACUUGAAGAUCAACGCCGCUAAGGGCCAGACCUGGGUCAACGUGGGCUUCUGGGGUGGCUUGAUCCCCGACAACUUGCAGCACUUGAAGCCUUUGAUUUCCAUGGGAGUAAGGGGCUUCAAGGGGUUCUUGAUCGAGAGUGGGGUGGACGAGUUCCCUGCCAUCGAUCCAGCAUAUAUCAUCCAGGCAAUGGAGCAGGUCAAAGACAAUAAGACGGUGUUGAUGUUCCACGCCGAGAUGCAGCCCGACGCUCACAGACCAUCAUCAAGUGCUCCGGAAACCGACCUGAGUGGACAUCUCCAAGUUGGGCCAGUUCCCAUCGCCCACAAAGAUGCGAUGGCUACCCUCUCCAAAGAUAUCGAGCAGUUUGACCUUGGGAUGUCUGCCUCCUUCAUCAGCAGGGCUCCCCAGCCAGUGGUCGAGCUUUUGAACAAAGACAAAUCGAACCAUCACGAGGAACACGAAAACUGCCAUCUUCCCCACAACCAUGCAGGAUCCAUCGACCAUUCGGUGUUGACAGAUGCUCAGGCCACUGCCUUGGCCAAGUCCCCACUCUUGGCAGCAGCAGAGCCUACUUUCGGAAAAUACGCUCGUAUGGCCAACCACCACUCCGCAGAAGAAUCGCCUUUCUACAAAGCCAUAGACAUGGACGACACCCAGAAAACAAAAACGCCUCUUUUAUUGGCACAACAGGAAAACUCGAUUUUGGAGGAUAUCGAUCCCACCUCCUAUGCCUCUUUCUUGGCCUCCCGUCCUGACAACUUCGAAACCACCGCAAUUGCUGAAAUCAUUCACUGCUCAACUCUUAUUCCCACCGUCCCAUUACAUAUCGUCCACUUGGCCACCCACGAAGCCGUGCCAUUAAUAAGAGCAGCAAAAUCAAAGGGCUUACCUAUCACAGCAGAAACAUGUUUCCAUUACUUGUCGUUGUGCGCCGAGAAGAUCAGUAACUGCUCCACCCAUUUUAAGUGUUGUCCUCCCAUCAGAACCGACGACAAUAGAAAAUUAUUGUGGAAAGCCUUGAGAAACGAUAUCAUCACCACGGUUGUUUCCGAUCAUUCUCCUUGUACUCCGGAGUUGAAGGGGUUGGAGAAGGGUGACUUCUUCGAAGCCUGGGGAGGAAUUAGUUCCGUCGGUUUCGGUUUGCCUAUUUUGUAUACCGAGGGGCUCAAGCUUGACCCCCCAGUGACCCUUGAGGAGAUCAACAAAUGGUGUUCGAUCAACACCGCCAAACAGGUUGGAUUAAGUCACUGCAAGGGUAAAAUCGAAGAGGGAUAUGAUGCCGAUUUAUUAAUAUUUGACCCAGAACAAAAGUACAUUGUUCAGAAUCAAGAAACGUACUUUAAAAACAAAUUGACAGCAUACGAUGGGCAGGAAUUCCAAGGAAGAGUUGUCGAGACCUUGGUGGGCGGUAACAGUGUGUUCGAGUUUGGUAAAGGUCACUCCGACAUUGCCAUGGGUAAGUUGAUUUUGGAGCCAAGAUUCGCAUAGGGCUCUUUUGGAACCACAAAUGGAACGGUUGCUAAAGCAACAGUAUAUUGCUGCGAAAAACUUUUUGACACAAUGCACACAAAAUGUGAGUUCUUGAACAACAUUGGCUACAUUUUAAUCACACCACGUUCAGCUUCUUCUUGAUAUGCCUUGUUGAGCUGUUCAUGUAUGUAAUAAUAGGAUCAAUAUAGAGGUUUAAUUUCAAUUCAUUCCAUUCACACCAC